GUUUGCGCUCGUAAAGCAGCUACUUCAGAAGAGUUUUCUCAGUUCUCAACUUAGAUCAAAGAUGUUCGGUGGUCUUGGCGGGGAAGGAAAAAGCCUCACGCCAGCGCAAAAGCGCUCGCAUGCGAGCGCCCAUGCAAAUGCGCUUGUCUCCCUGGCGCCGUAUCUCGCACGCCAUCAGCGUGACUCGCUUAUUGUUACCUUGCAGCAGGCAAAUAUCCAGGAAGCAGAGACUCUUCCCAUCGGAAAGGAGCGCUUUGGUGGUCAGCAAUACCGUGGUACUGAGCUACAAGUUGGAUGCUAUUAAUUCUUCAACAUUUCCCAUCCUCAGUCAGUUGUGAACAGGUUGAGACCUAAGACGCAUUCUCCUAUCGGGUUUUACAUGUGAUGACGGUGUCCAUACAUGUCUCCAACUCAAGACCUUCUCGCUUUGACUAGUUCUUCAUCUAACUGUAAUCCAUUCCCAACCUCCAGAUGGCUGGGCCUCGUUGCCGGCUAAACACCAUGCCCGUUGGAUUGCAAGGGCUACGCACUUGCCGUACAGCGAGGAGCAGCGCAUUGUUUCGUCUGGCGAGAUUGCUUGGAACAUCUACAAAGUCCUUGGGAUGACGGCUCAGCACGUACAUCUUACUCUUAAAUCUUGGAUUGCUUGAAGAAUUGGCUGUGAGAGUUUUAAAGACAAACACGACGCUCAUAAUUUAGCUGCAUAAGCUCGUGGUCCAUGAGUUGACGUUUCUUUUUACCAGACGAAAAUACUACUUAACUUUCCUAUCCCUUUUCAUAAAUACAUCAGCCGCCGGCUGGCGAGUCUCGCAACGCACAACCGGACGAAAAAAGCUGCGACAGCGAAGUCGCAGCUUGGGCUGAGAAGCAUGGGGGUUUGAGGGAGAUUCUGUCUGCUGUGGAAGAAUAUACCACUUUCGGC